UAACUUUGCAUCAUUAAUUCAUUAUUCCCACUUCCACUACCCAAAACUUGUUUAUAGAGUAUUUUUGUACGUCUACUCCACUCCCGUUCUAAAGAGACUCAAUGGCGACACUGCUUCCUCUGCUAAUGCUUUAUUUCCUAACCCUAGCUUCAUUCUCAGUUUGCGGUGAGCUUGUGUAUGAAGAAGGCUACACCGUGACGACACUUCUCGACGGCAACAAAAGAGGCAUCAAUCCGUACUCUGUGUUGCCGUCUGAUACGACGUCGUCUGAUCUUAUUGUUCUGGAUUCUUCUGGAAGCGCUUUUUACACUCUCUCGUUUCGUGAUUCCCGAGAAGGUGUGAUUAAGAAGUACUCAGGCAAAGGCUCAGCUGGAUUUUCAGACGGUGAAUUAGAUUCAGCAAUGUUUAACAAGCCCAAAAGUUUUGCGGUUGACUUGAAAGGGAAUCUGUAUGUUGCUGAUAAGAGUAAUCAUGCUAUAAGGAAGAUCAGCAAGUCAGGUGUAACUACUAUUGCUGGAGGUUAUUCACAAAAGCCAGGCCAUUCAGACGGGCCUGCAAGAAAUGCAUCAUUUUCAGAUGAUUUUGAGUUGAGUUUUAUUCCUGGAAGUUGUUCUUUAGUAAUUUCUGAUCAUGGUAACAAGUUGAUCCGCCAGAUCAACUUGAAGGCGGAAGAUUGUUUAAAAGAUUCACCAUCUGUUCUAGGAACAACCUCAGCUUGGCUUCUGACUCUGGCUUUGGGAGUUUCAUGCCUUUUCGGAUUACUUGCUGGGUUUUUCAUUCACCCUUAUGUUGCAGCCUAUACAGGAAGGUUCCAGCAAACUUUGGUACACCGGGACAUGGAAGCAUUUCCUAAUCAAUCUGGGGAGGGGAGCAGUGAUACUUUGCUUCGACACCAAAAGCGCAAUUGCUAGCUCAACAAUGUGUGCCUUUCUGAGGAGGCUCACUAGAUUGUGCAUGUCAUAUGUAACACUAAUGAUUAGCAUUCAGAAAGUAAAGCCCAAGAAGCACUCGCCAAUUUAUGUUUCUUUGAUAGAUAAUGACUUGAGUUGCACUACGAUAACUGAAUCCCAAGAAUAUGCUGAUCAGUUGCAAGACUUGGUUAGUUUUGAUGGAAGCAUGAAAUCACCAGAUAUAUCUCCUACGUUAGAUAGUUCAUGUAACAAUCUCGGCAAGAUCGAUAAAAUGAUACAGGGUAAUCUAAUCUGUUUCUCGGACCAGACAGACUCAGUAGCACUGCCUCAACUAGUUGCAAACUGUUCCAGUGCUGUCAAGAGAAAUCAGAGUAAAGGCGACAAGCUCCUCUAAUGUAGUAUGUGAUUUCUAUCAUUAGUCUUUUAUGGGAUAUCUGAACCCUGAAGUGUUUUUUUUGUAAGACUUUUCUCCAGCAUUUGUAAACGUAAAUAUGAUUUGCUUGUAUGACAUUGCUUUAAUAUAUAAAUCAUCCUGAAACUACUA